UCACAUUCGGAUCCGAUUCCGAAACAAUCAACAGAAAUAUUACCCAAACCCAAAAUUUAUUGGGCCGAAUUUCUAGAAGGUGCGAGGCCCAUACCCAAAUGAUAAACCCAAUUGUAUUCCAUUAAAGGAGCCAAGCUAAAAAAUUGGGCCAUUCCAGCCUCUACUGCUCUAAAACGGUAAAACCCUACUUCACUGCUUCAUUUGCUGUCUCCAAUUCUCCCUCUCUCUAAACUCUCUCUCGCAAACCCUAGCAAACUCCAAUAAUGCCGCCGAAGUUUGAUCCAUCACAGGUCGUCGAUGUUUACGUCCGCGUCACGGGCGGAGAAGUCGGCGCCGCCAGUUCCCUCGCCCCUAAGAUCGGACCUCUAGGUCUUUCCCCGAAGAAAAUCGGUGAGGACAUCGCGAAGGAAACCGCCAAGGAUUGGAAGGGCCUCCGCGUCACCGUUAAGCUCACCGUCCAAAACCGUCAGGCGAAGGUCACCGUCGUCCCAUCCGCCGCCGCCUUGGUCAUCAAGGCGCUCAAGGAGCCGGAGCGCGACCGUAAGAAGACAAAGAACAUCAAGCACAACGGCAACAUCUCGCUGGACGACGUCAUCGAGAUCGCGAAGGUUAUGAGCCCGCGCUCCAUGGCGAAGGAUUUGUCUGGAACCGUGAAGGAGAUUCUAGGCACGUGCGUCUCCGUCGGGUGCACCGUCGAUGGAAAGGAUCCCAAGGAUUUGCAGCAGGAGAUAACCGAUGGAGAUGUGGAAGUUCCGCUGGAUUGAGCUCAAGGUUUUGUUUGGAAGUUUUUUAUUUAUUUUUGUUAUUUACGUGUUUUUUGAUUACCUGUGGUUCUGAGGAUUAAGUUAUUUAUCUGAGGUAUCUUUGGAUUCAAAA